UGAUGUUUGCCUCGGCGAAAUUAAUGGGGUUUUCGGCAUGGGAAAAAAGAUAUAAAUAGAACCAUAUAUGAUCUUCAACCACUAAACUACCCAAGUAUUAUAUAUCUUCAACAAGACAACAACCCAAUUAAUUACCUCUAGAAAGCAAGCCUGCUCGAUCAGCUACGUACGAUGAAUCCAUCAAGUUGUUCAUCCUUCUACACGCUAUCUUGCCUUGUCGUGUUAGUGCUUCUCCCUUUGCCAUCCCUCUUGGCCGACCCUGACUCAUUACAAGACUUCUGCAUUGCUGAUUUGAGUGCCUCUACGUCAGUUAAUGGAUUUCCUUGCAAACCUGAGUCAAAUGUAAACUCAGAUGAUUUUUUCUUUGAUGGACUGAGCAAAGAGGGUGACACAACAGGCAUCUUUGGCUCGAAUGUCACCUCUGGUAGUGUUCUUGUAUUUCCUGGGCUUAACACUCUUGGGAUUUCAAUCAACCGAGUGGACUUUGCCGUUGGAGGAGUUAAUCCACCCCACUCUCACCCUCGUGCGACUGAGACUGUUCUGAUCAUUUCAGGGCAGGUACUUGUUGGGUUUGUGACAACUGGGAACGUGUAUUUUUCAAAAGUUUUGACUGCUGGGCAAAUCUUCGUCAUUCCUAAGGGACUCGUACACUUCCAAAAGAAUGUUGGACCAGGGAAGGCCCUUGCCUUCACCUCUUUCAACAGCCAAUUACCGGGGGCUGCUAUCGUCCCAUUAAAUCUCUUUGCUUCAGCACCAUCCAUUCCUAACGACGUGUUGACUAAGACCUUCCAAGUAGAAGAUAAUGUUGUCAAUUCCAUUAAGUCCAAAUUCGGUUCUGAUGCAGGACACUAUUGAGUUUAGGGUGGAUUAAUUAUUUAUACAUGUGUGUUUUAGUUUUCAUUUUCAAUUAAGGAUUGGGUUUUAUACGUACAUGUGUGCUUUGUUUUUAUUUUCAAAUAAGGAUUGGGUUUCCUUUUCCUUUAGGAUUAUGUAUUUCUUUUCCAAUGAUUUCUUUUUCUUUUCCUUGUUAAAUUAGAAUGUACCUAGCCUAUAUAAAAACAUCUAAUCUUUGUUAUUUUUCAAUCAA